AUGUCUCAGCACGAGUACAACGAUGACACUAUCAGCAAACCCAUUGCAAUUGCGUCACCAUCGGAAAACAUGACGUCAUUGAAGUCCACCCUACCGGAAGUUCCAUCCGAGCAUGAUAUCGAAAAGAGAAAGGCCUUACGGGAUCAAUCCAAGAGAUGGCCCAAUGCAACGGUACCCUACGAACUACACGGUGACUUCAGUGAAACGCAACGGCAAUCCAUACGGACCGCGAUGGAGCAUUUUCACAAUCACACAUGCAUUCGGUUUGUCGAGCAUAGCGACGAAGUCGACUACUUGAAAAUCACACUCGGCGAUGAAAACUGGAGCGAAGUCGGUCGUCGUGGUGGAGACCAGCUGAUGUCUUUAUCUCCCUAUGGUUGUCUUGAGCUGAGGGUCGUUCUACACGAAUUGAUGCACACUUUGGGCUUCCUUCACGAACAUAGCAGACCAGACAGGAGAAGCUACGUCACAAUCAAGUGGAGGAAUAUACUAACGGAUCGAAAACCCGAAUUUAAGAAGUGGAAUGAGAGCUUCGUUGACCUUCUAAACACAACCUACAACUAUUCUUCUAUAAUGCACUACGGUGCCUUUGCUUUCAGUACAAAUACAGCAAGGAAAACGAUCGCAACGAAUGUGGAGUCCCCGGAGUUGGGACGACACAACAAACUGAGUGAUAAGGAUGUAUUGAGGCUCAGGAUGUACUAUAACUGCGUGUGGUUACGAUUUGACAAGACUCAAUCCAGUCGAGUGCCUUACUGCGAAUACCAAACCUUUGCGACAAUCGUUGCAGCAAGACAUCAUGCUUGA